CUUUGGUGGUUUUGCAGGAUACUCCUCUGGAAAGCUCAGCGUGAGCUUAUACAAUCCAUUUUCCCAGGGUGUUCCAGCUUUUCCAGGGAUACCCACUUGCCAUUCCAUGAGAUUCAUACUGCCAUCACCGAGUUUUGCAGGUUUGGCAAAGAAGCCGUAGGGAUGUUCUUUUCGCCAUUGUUUGCGCUCUUCUUGUAAGCGCAUGCGACUGAGUCCUGACAUGGCUAAAGUCAAUGCCCCUACCUCGUCGCGUUUGGAUGGGUUGGUUGUGUGUGUUGUGGUGUGAUUGAAGAACGCGACAUCAAUGCAGGUCACCAGAUUUCGACUCGUUAUUAUCGAGCAUCCAGCCUAGGGAUGGAAGGGAAGAAGGAGGAAAGCAGCUAGAACUACGAAGAGACACCGAGGAGACAGCUAGACAAGGGCAGUCAUGCAUGCCUUUCAAAAGAGCAAAUAAGCCAACAAAAAGGCAAUGAGAGCCACACCAGCAGCAAUAGGCACAGGCACACCUUCCGUCUUUGCAACAGCUGCCUUGACGCCACCGACUGAUUUAUUGUUUCGCGAUGUCGCUUGUUCAAGUUGUUGCUUCAGCCUCGUAAUCUCAGCUUUGGCCUCCUGCAAGGGAUCCUUGCUGCUUCCUGCUGUUGCCUGGAAUACACCGGCUGACUUAGUCGUGCUGGAUGAUGCUCCUGUGUUGUCGCCAUUCGACGCAGUAGCCAGGGCAGGGGCCAGCUUUUGAGGCACACCGUCUGAGUACGAGUCCUGGAUACUCGAAUCAGCUGCAUGAUAAGCAGGCGCAGGACUGCCAGA